AUGAAUAAUGAAAAGAAAACCGAAUUCAGGCUUGAUCAAUCAACGGCUAGCAAUGGUUUAUUUACUGUUAUAGAAAGAAAGCCCUUAUCGUCCUUGGAAAACAAUGAGAGCCUUAAUUUUAGUAACUUUAAUGAACAGUUAAAUCCAUCUGUUGUUGAUACUUUAAAAAAGAAAGAGGACUUUAAUAAUGAUAGUAAUAAUGUUGAUAAUAUGAAUAAUAGUAAUAAUCAGAGUGAUAGUAUAUGUGGAAUAUACAGAUUAAACAGCUCACAGUUAUUAAACGACAACCUAGACAAUACUCUAAGUAGAAUAAGUUAUGUAGAUGAGGACGUGUCCUCUUUUUUUGAUUCUGAUAAAGAAGAGGAACUUUAUUUUGAUAAUGACAUUUCUACUCUUGGUUCAUGUUAUUCUAUAAAUACACCUAAUAAAAUAUAUAAAAAGAAGAAAACACGGAAUAGUAUGAACGGUAUACAUGCACAUGGAAAAGAACAGAUUAAUUUAUUAUUAGAAAAAAAUGAAGAGAAAAAGAACUCACCAUUUAUUCAUAAUAAGAAGGAAGAAAAAAAUAAUAUAUAUUAUAAACCUGAAGAAGGAUUAAAUGAAGAUUAUUAUGAUAUAAUGAACAAGAAAAAAAAAAAAAAAAAAAAAAAAAGUUCUUUCUUAAAAGAUCAUUAUUUUAAAGAAAAUAUAAAUGCUACUAAUGAUGAUAUAAAUAUACAUUCUAUGGUAUCAAAUCAUCAUAGUGAUCAUUCAGAUCAUAGUAAUAAAAGUGAAAAAUUGCCUAAUGAAAAAAUCGUAUCUAUUAAAAAUAAUAAUGAAGAAAAAGCUAUAAGACUAAAUAAAAAUAUUUAUAGGGUAGUUAAUAUUAAUAAAGAAGAGGAGAAAAAUAAUAAAGAAAGUUUUAUAAGAAGAAUUACACAAAUAAGGAGAAGCAUGAUCAAUGAAAAGAAUUUUCAACGAAAUGAAGAUGAUCAUCGCCAUAAAUAUGAUAAGAAGUAUGAUCAUGGUGAUGGUCAUCAUUAUAAAUAUGAUAAGAAGUAUGAUCAUGGUGAUGGUCAUCAUCAUAAAUAUGAUAAAAAGUAUGAUCAUAGUGAUGGUCAUCAUUAUAAAUAUGAUAAAAAGUAUGAUCAUAGUGAUGGUCAUCAUCAUAAAUAUGAUAAAAAGUAUGAUCAUGGUGAUGGUCAUCAUCAUAAAUAUGAUAAAAAGUAUGAUCAUGGUGAUGGUCAUCAUCAUAAAUAUGAUGAAAAGUAUGAUCAUGGUGAUGGUCAUCAUCAUAAAUAUGAUGAAAAGUAUGAUCCUAGUGAUGGUUAUCAUCAUCAUAAUCAUCUUUAUAAAUAUGAUAAAAAGUAUGAUCAUAAUGAUAAGGACAAAAUAGAACAUCAUAAUGAUGUAGUAGAUCAAGAUGAACAUGUAGAGCAUGAAGAAACGAAUGAUAAAAAUAGUCCAUCCAAUAAUUAUUCAAAUUAUAAUAAUAGAUUUAGUGAAGGUUAUAUUCUUAAAAGAGAUAAUAAAUUGGCUAGAUAUAAUAGUGAUAAACGAGUGAAAUAUAAACAAUUAAAUAGUGAUGAGGGAUAUGAAAAUGUUUUAAAAUAUACAAAUAAAGAAAAAUAUUCCAAUGUAGAUUCCGAUAUAUAUUAUAGAGAACAGGAUUAUCCAGAAUAUUAUAAUGAUGUUCCAUCACGAUAUAAUGAUUAUUACAAUCGUGUAUCUAAUAGAAAUGAUAAGAAAAAUGAAUUAAAUGAAAAUUCUUAUUAUUAUAAAAAUAUAAAAUAUAAUGAAAAAAAUAUGUUUAUGAAAAAUAAUGAUGAUAAAGAAAAUGAACCAUAUCCUGAGGUUCAUUAUAAUGAUGAUAAAUAUAUAGAUAAUCAAUAUGAUGAUAGAUAUUAUAAUGUUAAUCGGGAUCAGUACCAUUUUUAUGAUGAUGAAGAAAAUGUGCAUAAAUCUAAAUAUAUGAAUAAAAAUUAUUACAAUGAUUAUAAAGAUUAUUACAAUAAAGGAAAUGCUUUAAAUAAUUAUUAUGAGAAAGAAAAAUUAAAACGAUAUAGUUCAUUUGAUGAAAAGGUUGAUAUUAAAAGAGGUGAUGAAAAUGAUUAUAUAUAUAAUAAUAAUAAUAAUAAUAAUAAUAAUAAUAAUAUGGACGAAAAAAUACACACAUUAGAUAAAAAUAAUAUGUAUGUUGAUAAAAAUAAUAUAUAUGAUGAUAAAAAUAAUAUGUAUGAUGAUAAAAAUAAUAUGUAUGUUGAUAAAAAUAAAAUGUAUGAUGAUAAAAAUAAAAUGUAUGAUGAUAAAAAUAAAAUGUAUGAUGAUAAAAAUAAAAUGUAUGAUGAUAAAAAUAAUUAUGGAUAUAAUCAUCAUAUUGUAGGAGGAACCAAUACAACGACAUAUUUGAAAAAUUUACCAAAGAAGAGUUAUAAGAGAAGAGAAGAAAGUGGUGAGAUAAAUAAUGAAAGUAUGAAUUUAGAAUCUGGAGAAGAAGAAUAUCGAAUGAUGCAGAAAAAAAAAAAUACCACAUUUAAACAUGUCGAUGAAAAUAAUAUGUAUUAUAAACAUAAUGAACUAUUGAAUGAAUAUAAUACAAUUGACGACACAGAUAAUCUAAAUAAUAAUAUUAAUAGGAAUAGGAAUAUAUAUAUGCAUGAAAAUCGAAUUAGCAAUCAACAAAAUAAUAAAUUCAAUCUUAAUAAUAAUGAACUGGAGGCAGACGAAAAAAAAAAUAAAAUGGAUAACAUGUUUUAUAAUAAAGAGAGAAAUUAUAUAAUAAAUAAUCAAGAAUAUAAUAAAAAUUAUAUUUAUAGAAAUGAAUAUUAUAAAAACGAAAAAAAUGUAUAUCUUGAUAGUUAUCCAUAUGAAAUGGUUGAACACAAAAACAAAUACACAUCUAACAUGAAUAAUAAAUAUGAUAAUAAAGAUUCUUCUUAUUUAUAUGAUGAUGGUUCUUCAUCUUUUAAUAAUAAAAAAUAUACUAAAUUAAUAAUAAAGGAUAAUUUGUGUAACAAUAAAUAUAAACAUAAUAAUUAUGAUAAUCACAAUAAUAUUGAUGGAAAUGAUGUAUAUUACAAACAUCCUUAUGAUAUAGAAGAAGGAAGAGCAUAUGAUAAAAAUUAUUAUCAUGAUAAUGAAUUAAAUGAUCACUAUUUAAAUUAUAGUGAUAACUACAUGAAUACAAAAGUUAAUAUACAUGAAGAUCAUAAUAAAAAUAUUGAUGAUAAUAAUAUGUUAUAUAAUAAUAUGAACUUGACGGAUGAAAAUAAUAAUAAUAAUAAUCAUAAUGAUAAUAAUAAUAAUGAUAAAUAUAAUGAUGAUAAUAAUAAUAAUAAUAAUAAUAAAUAUCAUGUAAUGAAUCAAAGAAAUAUAUAUCCAAACAAUAUCCCUAUGAACUAUGUUGGAGAUAUAAAUGAAGAUAAAAAUAAUUAUAGUCUGUCAGAUAAACAAAAUAUCCCACCUAGUGAUGAGAAACGAGAAGAAAAUUCGAGAAAUUUUAUAAACGAAACCAAUAAAGAUGAAAAGGAAAAUGUAAAUAAUAUGAAUAAUUUAAAUAUAGUCAAUAAUAAUAUGAAAAAUUUUAUAGUACCAAAUAUGAAUGGAAUGGUUCUUCCUACUACAAGUGUACCAGCUAAUGUGAUACCAGCUAAUGUGAUACCCGCUAAUGUUGUACCAGCUAAUGUGAUACCCACUAAUGUGAUACCCGCUAAUGUUGUACCAGCUAAUGUGUUACCCACUAAUGUGGUACCCGCUAAUGUGGUACCCGCUAAUGUGGUACCUGCUAAUGUGGUACCUGCUAAUGUGGUACCCGCUAAUAUAGUACCAAAUGUACCCAUUACAAAUAAUAAUAUUCAAAAUAAUAAUAACUUGGAAAACAUAAACAAAACUAAUGAUAACCCAGCACCACCUGUUAAAAGAAAAAGGGGACGACCUAAAAUGAAAAAAAACCCACCGGAAGAAACACAACCUACUGAUUUGGCUAGUAACAGUAAUGCUUCUUCAUCAUAUCAAGCUACUAAUACAAAUAUUCAGAAUAUGAAUCUAAAUAAUUUGAAUCCUAAUCUCGUAAAUGAUAUGAAUCAACCUUUAUAUACUAAUCUUAAUACAAUUAUCAAUCCACCAUUUAAUAAUCAACUAGCCAAUACUGUUAUAAAUCUUCCUUUAGAUCAGCAGGUUGUACAACCAUUAGGACACCAAGUGGGGCAACCCCUUGGUCAGGCAAUAAAUUAUCAGGUAAUUCCCCCACCUCAGACAAUAGGACAACAGCUAGCUGAACCGAUCAACCAGCAGUUGAAUCAUCAGCUAAGUCAACAAAUGAAUCAACAAAUGAAUCAGCAAAUGAAUCAGCAAAUGAAUCAACAAAUGAAUCAGCAAAUGAAUCAACAAAUGAAUCAACAAAUGAAUCAACAAAUAAAUCAACAGAUAAGUCAUCAAAUGAAUGCACAGUUAGAUCAGCAAAUGAAUCAUCAAAUGAGCCAUCAAUUAAACCAUCAAUUAAACCAUCAAUUAAACCAUCAAUUAAACCACCAAAUGAAUCAACAAUUAAAUCAACAAUUAAAUCAACAACUAAAUCAACAACUAAAUCAACCUUUAAGUAUGACCAUGAAUCAACCAUUCAACCAUCCUGCUUUAUAUAAUAAUACAAAUAAACCAUUGAAUCCUUCCUUAUACGUAGUAUCUAAUAUGAUGAACAAUAAUUAUAAUGGAAACUUGACGGAAGAGCAAAUGGGGCCAAUGUUUAAUAAUCAUGAUAACGAACAAGGAAAUAAUUUGGAUCCAAACUUUUAUCAUAGAAAUAUGGAACAAACGAAAAGUCAAAACGAUGAUUUUUCUUAUGAAGAUGAAGAAGAAAUGAACAGAAAUAAUAAAAAGAAUACACGAUCUUCUGUAAGUGAAUCAGAAGGACAACAUUCUGAGAAAGAAUUUUCAAAAAUUCAUAAAAGAAGGGGAAGAAGAAGAAAAAAAGAUAUUGAGCAGUAUUCUAAUGAAUUUAAACAAAAUAAUAACCAAGAUAAUAUAAAUCAGGAUACUAGAGAGGAGAAUAAAAGUGAUCCUGGAUAUUCAACUUUUGUUGAUGAAAAUAAUAAGACAGUUUCAUACAGAGUUUCAUAUCAUCCAGCAGAUGCUGUUUGGGAAAAAAUAUCAGGUGUCAAGUUUGGUCCCAUGAUAUUAACAGCUCAAAGCAGAACAACGAAUGUUAUACUGUCGAAAAAAAGAUCAAUAGAAUUAGGAAAUAUUUUGCACAACCUAAUAUAUGGAUAUAUAUAUAAAGGAGAUAAUGUUAGGCUUACCAUAGGAAAAGAAUCAAAAAAUGUAAAGAGUGGUUCUCCUUUUUUCUUACCUAGUUUUAUGGACUGCAGUAUACACAACGACGACGACUCUGGGUCCGCUAAAAUAUUUUUAUGUUUUGUUUACCUAAAUUAA